AAGACCACUUUUGUCAUCAUAGUUACUUGAUGGAUGAAUAUGCCUUAAGCUGAAUGCAUCACAAGAUGGCUCGACAAGAUCUUGACCACACUGCAGAUGUACAGUUACAUGCAUGGGGAGAUAACAUGAAGGAAGCUUUUGAGCAAGUUGCUACAGCGAUGUUUGGGUACAUGACUACAGAUUAUAACACAGUGGAAAUGACUGAUGAACAAGAAACAGAAGCAGAAGGUGAAGAUAUGCACCAGCUCCUGUUUCACUUUCUAGAUGAAUGGUUGUUCGUGUUUUGUGCUGAGCCAUUUUUCAUCCCAAGGAAAAUUGUGAUAACAGAAUUUGACAGAGAAAACUUCAAAAUAAAGUCAAAAGGGUUUGGUGAGGAAUUUGUCAUCGGAAAACACCCUCAGGGUACCGAAGUGAAAGCCAUAACAUAUUCAAAUAUGCAAAUUCAUGAUGAUUUAAAUGAAGUGUUUGUUAUUAUUGAUAUUUAAUUUAAAUACAUUUUUUUACUGUAUGUAAUUUGUGAGUGCUUCAUGAAGUAUUAAUGUCAAAUCAUUGAUUUAUAAUUGUUGGUAUUUUCCUUUUCCUAAUAAAGCAAUUUACUGGUAUAUUUCUA